CUGCUCGAACUCGAGCCUUCGCCCAUCGAGGAAGACUUUCCCUCAAAUUCCUACUUUCCUCCAGCCUCGGAUGACAAACCGCUCGACCAUGACACAAUCAAGCCAAUCCAACGGACCUCUACCCUAGGUCUGGAUGCACAUUCGCCUGUCUGGUAUCUCACACGCAUCCACAAGUACUCGAGUUACGCCUUCUCCGUCUUCACCGCUUUCCAUGUCGCCAACACGGCUCUUAUCCCCCUUGCCACACGCUCAGUCGCCAGCUCCGAACCCUAUCUCCUGCUCACUCGUCCUUACUACCAGUCGCCUAUCGCCGAGCCCUUCAUUGUUGUCUUGCCCUUGAUCGCCCACAUUGGUAGCGGUGUAGCCCUCCGCCUGUACCGUCGCAAGCAGAACCUCAGGAGAUAUGGCGCAGAGAACAGGACAGACAGGCGCAUGGUCGCAUGGCCAAAACUGUCCGGCACCAGCGCCCUAGGAUACGCUUUGGUACCACUGGUCUUUGGCCACGCCUUUGUCAAUAGAAUCAUCCCUCUGUGGUACGAGGGUGGCUCUAGCAGCAUCAACUUAGGCUAUGUCUCACACGGCUUCGCCAAACACCCCGCCGUGUCUUUUGUCGGCUUUGGCGCUCUUGUCACCAUUGGAGUUUUCCACUCUGUCUGGGGUUGGGCUAAGUGGCUCAAUUGGUCACCAUCACAAGUCACUCAGGGAGGACCAGAGGGUCAACUCCUCAGGAAGAGAAGAUGGUAUGUCGUCAACGCUGUCAGUGCUGUAGUCAGUGCACUCUGGCUCGCUGGCGGUAUGGGCAUCGUCGGCCGCGGCGGUGCAGUUGGCGGAUGGGUUGGCCGCGAAUACGACGCGCUGUACAGCCAUAUUCCUCUGAUUGGC